AUGUCUUCUAGUUUGUCAUUACUCGCACAUCUUCGCCCGCACGUACGGGCGCGAGUCCGACCGAGCACAAUUCGCAGUUUCUCCAUCUCCCAGCAUCACCACUCAGAUGCUUCCUCGGUAGCCGAGGCCUUCCUGUCGCGCUUCCAAUCCCUGGGGCCACAAACCCGUAUGCAAACGAUAGAUGCAAACCAGCUCCAGCUUCUCACCCUCACACUCAAUCGCCCGACCCUCUUCCCUGGCGCCCCCUCCCUAUCCAAUGGCGCUCCCGCCCCGCAAUCCGCAGUACCCGUGCCGCCGGGCUAUCACCUCGCGUAUUUCACGCCCGCGUUCAUGGAAAGUGAACUUGGGUCAGAUGGAACCGAUGCGUCGUACAAUCCAGACGUGCCCUUCACACGGCGCAUGUGGGCAGGCGGCGAGGUGCUGUGGCCCCGUUUGGAUGGGAAACCCAAUCCGUUGCGGGUAGGACAGGAUGUGGUGGAGACAACGCGGGUACUUAGUGCACAGUCCAAAGUUGUGAAAAAGACGGGCGAGGACAUGAUUGUUGUUGGGGUUGAGAAAGAAUUCGCCAACGAGCACGGCGUGUCAAUUAUUGACCGACGCAACUGGGUCUUCCGUAAAGCUCUACCUGUUCCAACUGCCUCGACGCCAUCUAGCACCCCUCCCUCGUCUUCCACAUCCCAUAUUGCGACCCCAAAUCCUACCUCCUUCAUUUCCACCGAGGGAAACACCCAUACACGAACCCUGAUGCAAACACCCGUGACACUCUUCCGCUUCUCUGCUCUGACUUUCAACCCUCAUAAGAUUCACUACUCACUGCCGUGGGCGCGGGAUGUAGAAGGACACAAGGAUAUUGUAGUACAUGGUCCGUUGAAUUUGAUCUCCAUUCUAGAUCUUUGGCGUGACACUCGCCAGAAUUUCAAGGAUUCUACCUUGAUUAUUCCCGAGCGCAUCACUUAUCGGGCAACGAGUCCAUUAUAUGCCGGGGAAGAGUAUCGGAUUGUACUCGAGGAGGGCGAGAGCACAAAGGUGGAGAUUAUUGGGCCCGGAGAAGUAGUCGCCAUGAAGGCCGAGAUCCAAUAA